AUGACAAAAUCUGCUGCGAAACCUACUUGGAUAAGACCUCGAGGGACUAUCGGUCUCGUGUUGAACGAUUUCCGGGGUUUAAGGGUGGUGUUGAGGACGCCGGGAUUUCCUAGUGGUCGACCAGAGAGGGGUUCAAACAAGAGCCCGAGACGGGCGGCUGGUCGGGAG